AUGGAGUUACUAAGAGUUCCUGGUACCAAGUGGUGUGGCAAAGGAUUCUCAGCCACACGAUACUCCCAACUUGGAGGGCACACCAGGACUGACAGAUGCUGUAGAGUCCACGACCUGAGAUGCCCUUUCUGGAUUGGGGGCAUGGAGAAGAAAUAUGGAAUCUACAAUUGGAGAGUAAACACGCUGAUGCACUGUCGAUGUGAUGAAAGAUUUCGCGCGUGCCUCAAACUGGCUGACACAUCAGUCUCUAAUAUGGUGGGAAAGCUGUUCUUCAACGUCGUCCAAACCAAAUGCUUCAUUCUAAAGCCUGUCAAAAUGUGCACACAGCGGUCUUGGUGGGGCAAAUGUCUCCGAAGAGGUUAUACCAAACAAGCCUUUUUAAGAGACAACCUACCAUACUAG